AUAUGAUUUUGACGUCUACCCAAAGUGCGAAGUAAAAUACCAAACGAAAGUCAUUUAUACAUUCUUCCAAAUUAAAUAUUUUAAAGUCUAAUAAUUUUUUGCCUGUUUUUAUGGCAAUAUUGUAGCCAUUAAGAUAAAUACAAGGGAAGCACUCACAUUUUUCGGAUAACUCUGAAGCCUUAUAACAAUCGGGAACAAAGAACAAAAUGUUUACUGGCGCAGAGUCACAUAAAUCUUCAUUUUUGGAACAGACUAAAGCAGCCAGAGAAGAACGAGCGUUGGAGAAGAAACGCGACAAUGCGAUCAUCGUUAUUCAAUCUCAAGUGCGCGGGUGGUUAACUCGUCGGAGUUACCUGAAAAGAGUUUUAUCCGAAUUCGAUGAACUUAUACCGGAAUCAUUGGACUUAUCCACAAAUGUCACCGAUCUGAAACCAUGCAUCGACAUCUAUCACGCAUCCAGCCGUUUCCUCGUUCAAUUUGUGAAGGCCAAACAUUUGUACUACGAUCGCCUCGAACGAUUGUGUCGCUACCUCAUCGCCAGCCUCGAGUCAGAAUCGCCGAAAACUAGUUUCAUCGGUGUGACCCUGAAUAAAGAUUUGAGCAUACCAUGGAUUCGACACAUCAAAAUGUUACUGUACGAAUGCUGCGAACAUAUGCAAAAAUUGAAGCCGGAAAUUCAUUCCGAAAGCCUAUCGUUAGCAUUGUAUCUUCACACAUUGGUGGCAUUUACAUCUCCGAAUACAUGGGUCCUGCUAAAAUCUAAAGCGUUGUCAUCGCUCAAGCCUGGCAUGACACAGCUGUGCAGCAAUAUUAUGGGUGCUUUGGUGCAGAAAGGCUUCUUCCAGGCGCUUAGAGCCGUGCUCGUCAAAGGAACAUGCCGUACGCAUGUCAUCCUAAAGCCAAUCUCGUUGAAAGCCAUUGUGACACUAUCAACGCGGCCACUGAUAUCGGGCAAUUUUAGCGAAAAUUUGCUAUCGAUGUUUGUCGUACAGAUUCUAUCGAUGCCGGCGCUAAUUUAUUUUUUGGAACAAAAUGCCAACGAUAGCUUACAGUCGCUACAAUCACACGACAUAUUACAACGUACCCUACAACUUCUUAUCCAAGACGAUUCAAUGAAAAUCAUCACCAACAGUAUGCAAGGAACACAGUCUCUGGCUCUGCUCGCUAACAUUGUUCAAUUGUUUUACUUGGAACCAAUGAAAAAUGCCUUGGAAUCAGGAUAUCCGAGUUUCACGACGAUUUGCUUGAAACUUCUCCAGAGCAUACCGAAUACCGUUGGCCCUAAGGGUGGUGCGGUAUCACAAUGGCAUGAGGUACUCGGAUGGUAUUCUCCCAGUCCUGAUGCACCACCAAAUGAAAAUUUGUCGCUCAUCAAAAAACAAAUUUAUCUGCUCUGGAGCCAUCGGAUUGUUAAGCUGCUACUCGUCGACAAACUGAAAAAAUUGUCUGUCGGGUAUGAAAAGGUUGAUUUUCCCAAUCCUAAUCACAUAUCGUCGAACCUGUUCAAACGGGCUCUGGAACUGGGAACAACAAAAGCCAAUAACAGUAGCAAAAAUAACAAGCCAUGGCGCAAAUUCGUUAGCGAUGAAACUAAGCAAGUGGUCGCCGUCUGUAGCAUGUAUCAUGCCGCAUUGAACACAUUAUCACAAUUGAAGCUGGACAUUCUAUCAGGUCUUUGCUACAAUGACACUCUGCUGCACGACCUAUUUCUUCUGUUGGCAUCGUUCGGACCUUAUUGUGGCCUAAAAGUGAUGCUGGAAUUACUAGGCAAUGGUAUAAGUAAUUCCACUCCAUUAAUGAUACUUUGGCUGUUCUGUGAUCUUAUGACUCAUUACGUAACGAUUCUCGACGACAUUGAAAUGUAUGAACAACAAACACCAUUCGAAUUGGCUGAUUACAUUGGAUUGUCCUACUUCCUGAACAAUUUUCUGUUCAAAGCCAUCCAGGAUAACAUUUUUGACCCUCGAACCGUCACAUCACAUCCGCUAUUCCAGUCCAUGCACACGCUACUAUUAUGUUUGUAUCGACGUGACUGUCGACGAACGUUUGCACCGCCAAAUCAUUGGUUGAUCCACGAAAUUCGACCUUCACAUUUUUUAACCGACCUAGAGAAAGGAAAGAAACACACGCUCGUACUGCUGCAAAAAAUGCCGCAUAUCAUACCUCACGAGGAUCGAGUGAAAUUGUUUCGCAAGUACGUACAGAACGAAAAGGCUGUACUGGGACUCACCGAAUCGGCUUGUGCAUCCCCGAGUUCGGCACUGAUCACGAUUCAUCGUGAUCGAAUUGUUGAAGACGGCUACCGCCAAUUAGCUCUACUUCCUCCUCAUGCUCUGAAAGGAGUCAUUCGCGUUCGAUUUAUUAAUCAACAAGGCCUCGACGAAGCUGGUAUCGAUCAAGAUGGCGUUUUCAAAGAAUUCCUCGAGGAGACGAUCAAGCGGGUCUUCGAUCCCUCUCUAAAUUUAUUCAAAACCACGUCUGACCAACGACUGUAUCCAUCACCAACGUCACAUAUGCAAGAAAAUCAUUUGCAGCUAUUCGAAUUCGUAGGACGGAUGUUGGGCAAAGCUGUUUACGAGGGUAUUGUGGUGGACGUUCCAUUUGCAUCGUUUUUCAUGUCACAAUUACUGGGACAGACCCAGCAAGUUUUUUAUAGUUGUAUGGAUGAGCUUCCAUCGUUGGACACUGAAUUGUAUCGGAGUUUAACAUUUAUCAAACAUUAUCAGAGUGAUGUCGCUGAACUGGAUCUGACAUUUUCUGUUGAUGAAGACCAAAUGGGCAAAAUUGUGACGCAUGAGCUACAUCCCGGUGGUAGGGCACAACCAGUUACAAAUGACAACAAAAUAAACUACAUCCACUACAUGGCCUAUUUCCGUAUGCAUACGCAAAUUCGUGAACAGACUGCAGCUUUCAUUCGUGGUUUUCGAAGCAUUGUGAUACCCGACUGGCUCUUAUUAUUUUCAACCCCUGAGCUUCAACGACUGAUAUCGGGCGAUACAGCUCCACUAGAUUUGAAAGAUUUACGAAAACAUACACAAUAUUACGGUGGAUUCCACGACUCACAUCGGGUCGUCAGUUGGUUAUGGGACAUUUUAUCGCGUGACUUCACAGAAGAGGAAAGGAAGUUAUUUUUGAAGUUUGUCACUAGUUGUUCGAAACCACCACUGCUGGGCUUCGCUCAUCUCGAACCGCCUUUUUCGAUUCGAUGUGUCGAAUUAUCAGAUGACGAGGAUACAGGCGAUACCAUUGGCAGUGUCAUUCGUGGAUUUUUCACAAUUCGUAAAAAAGAUCCACUAAAUCGUUUGCCUACGUCUUCGACUUGUUUCAAUUUACUCAAAUUGCCAAAUUAUCAGAAAAAGAGCACGCUGAGAGACAAAUUGCGGUAUGCCGUGUCCAGUAACACCGGAUUCGAAUUAUCGUAAACAAUGACGAUCGAUUGGAUAUAUUGGAUAGAUUUUGCCGAUAGAAUCGAUUUCUAUUCUCGUUAUCGAAUGAAUCGAUCGUUGAUUUCAAAUCGUACGACUGUGAUAGCAAACACAAAUUUAAAUUGAAAUGUUCGGACAGCUCACCAAGACUUAAUUAGGAACGGAAAGUGAACAGAAAAGUUUUGAGCUGAAAAUUUACUUUGGAAAAAGAAUAGUCGCCGGUUUAAUGUGGUGGAGUGAGGCACUUGCUAAAAUUAACUACAAAAUUACUGAAAACGACUGAUUUGCAUUGUUGCUGGAUCAAGUGAUUUUUAACGCGAAGGAAAUUUUGUUCUUUUGGUAAUUUUAGCCGGCAUUUAUUUGUCAGGGCAAACAGUGAGGAUUUUGGUGUUUGAUAAUCGUUUAUUUACUUUACUUUCUUGUAAAGCACUCACGAAAACUGGCAUCAAGAUAUGUUGAGUCGCUUGAAGUUCCCUUGCUGGUUUAUAUUGUUAUCAAUUGAUUGUCUAUUGAUGCCACCGAGUGAUGCUUUCCUUGGCACUAUGUGUGUAAUUGCCACAAUUGUGACAAUACGCAUCUUGUGACAAAACAAUAAUUUGUCACCAAGUUGCAUACAACGUUUUCUCAACUCUGUAAAGAAAAUAGUAAAUCCCCGCAGUGAACACAAUGCCGGCACAAAAUGUGUGAAGUAGAUUGAAUUAUAAUUAAAUACAAACUUAGCAACCACAUAUCCUCGUACUCUUUGCAUACGGCUAUGCUAUCUGUUUUGUGUAUUGUGAUACUUUAUAGCACAAUGUAUGUUAAAACAAAUGAAGUAACAGAUUUCGUAUCAAACACGAUUCAAAAGACGAAACAGAUUCCACAGUGGUGAUAUACUGGCCGUCUGUGAAUGACUAACUGUUCUGAAACAGAAAAACCAACGACGCUUGAUAUUUUAUAAUUGCCUAUAUUGUAUUGAACACUCUAAGAAAUUUAUAAAAUGAAAAACAAUCAGUAAAUUAUUAUAUGGAAAAAUGAUUGAAAUUAGCGUGAACAAAUUUGAAGAUAAAAAAGUUGAACUCAUCCUUUAAUUGUAAAUUGAAUAUUAAUUUAAUUUGUUGAUGUUGUUGAUUAUAUUAGUUGUAAUGUACCUAAUAUGAAAAUAUCUUAUAUUUGACUGUAUGUUCAGAAAUAAAAACCAAUAUUUAAAAGAA